UCGUGAGUUUUCACAUAAUCUCAAAUUUGAACUUGAAGAUUGCUUUGAAGACUUUUCCGUUGAGAUGCCUCGAGGAAAGUCCCACCGCCGUUCGGAAGCUGCAAAAAAGAGAGUAGAGGCAGUCCGGCUUGGACGUGUUGGGAUACCCAAGGCCUCCAGCGAUUUUGUUCCAGUGCGUGGCACGGGUUUGCGCCACAAAGUUAAAACAUGGCCAACUAGUGAUGUGACUAACCACUGUCACAAGUUGGUCAUUCCUGAGGGAACGUCCGAUAAGAAAUUUGUUCUUGUGAUCGGUGCGUCCCAUUUGCGUUCAUUUGUGGACGGCGUUGUUGUGAUGGCAAGUGGUGACAUCCAGUUUGGGUUCAUGUCCACUCCUGGUGCUUCUGCAGCUGACUUGCGUCUCGAGGUGUUGAACGCUGUCAUACCUCGGGAGCCUGAUGCUGUCUGCAUCAUGGCUCCAUCAAACAACCUUACGGCCAGUCGUCACCCAGAAGAAGCCGGACAGGAAUUUGAGCGGUACCUGUUGGCUGUGUGUAGUCGUUGGUCUAAGGUAUUUUGUACCGGCUUUGUUCCCCGCUUGACUGAGUCCAGAGAAAAGCAGACCGUUUUUCAGCAAGAAUUCCAUCGCCGGUCGGCAAAGCUAGGGAUUCCAUAUUAUGAAGUUGCCGACUACUUUCCUCUGGACGAUCUUGAUCUGUGGUGUCCUGAUGGCAUCCACCUUAGUGACAACCACGGGAUGCACAUCCUUAAUCAUCUGAUUUGGAUGUUUGCCUAUGAGUUCAUGGAGUUGUCAGCACCAAAGCCACUGGUCCAGAGUCAGGCAACUCCUCCUUACAAAUCGAGGUUUGUGCCCCGUGUGGUGGUUAAGGGAGAGGAGCGUUCUCGUCCUUCUUCUCCACUCCCUACGGAAUGGACGCUCGUGAGAUCCAGCAGGAAGAGGAACCUCUCGGGAGAAUCAGACUGUUUGUUCGAUUCACCCAAGAAAAGAGUGGUUCAUCACCAGAGGGAACACUCUCCUGUGGCUUUUUCGGAGUGUGUCAUUCCAUCCAAUCCUGUUUGUUUCUCACCUGCUAUUUUGGUUGCCAUGGAAACAGUCUCUCCAUCGGCCACUCAGGAUGUUUGCACAGGCACUGAGACAAAGCCUGUGGAACAUCCAAUAAAACCAUCUGUCUCAAAGUCUAGGCGUGUGAGACAGAAGGUUUCAGCUGCAUCUUGUGCAACUCCUGCCAGAGGUGCGGAAUUAUUGUUGGCUGAAAACACUGUUGUGCCUAAGCGAUCCAGGAUUUUUGUGUCUGAUGCGCGUCCUGCCUGUCCUCGUGUGGCGUCGGAUUGUUCUGCUGUGGGUCCUGCCUGUGCUUUGGAAAGUCCGGCUGGCCAGGGGACGCCUGAGGAGAUGGGUGAUUUCCAGCGUACUCAGACAUCACCCAAAGGUCUGGCUGUUAACCCUCUUCCUUGCAUGUGUUCAACGGAGCUUCCAUUGCCUCUUGUUCCAGGGACAUUUUUUGGUAGUAAUCCGUGUAGUCAUCAUACUUUAAUGUCAUGUAGUGUUGUAGCAGCGAUAAAACACCACAUUUCUCCCAUUUGUACCUGGAAGACGUCGGAUGUAGAUGAAGUCGGUGUAGUAGGUCAGAAGUUGGCGGAAUAUGUUGCUGGAGAAAGACCAUACAGAGGCCCAAAGCCAGAGUUGUGCAAGCUGGUUGAAGAUCAGACUAUUUUUGGUAGAAAGUGGAAAGUAGUAACUGGUAGCAUGGUGUUUGGGACAUUUAAUUUUCAGAAGGAGGAGGGACUGUAUGAAAGUCUAAAUAAGUACUUGUUGAGAGAUGGAAUGUGUAUCUUUAAUCUUCAUGGUGCAAUUAUCUUGGUAAUCCAGCACGGAGACUACUUUGUUGUUGUGGACUGUGGAACUCGAAAUUCACAGGGGUUAGCAUCAGAAUCUGGUACAUCGGUAGUGGUGUUUAACACGUGUUUAAAUGAUUUAAUGAUUCACUUUAUUAACCUCAGGGAAUCAUUAAAUGCGACCGAGUAUGGCAUCUGUGCUAUUACUGUACAAGAGAUGUACAGUAAUGUGCAGACAUGUGCAGCAGUCACUGCUGACAGACAGGCUACAGAUGCAAGUAGCCAUGUUGCAUCACUCAGUGGAUCGUUUCAUCAGGGUGAUGAUCAGUUUAAAUAUGCUGGACUUCAGUGUGCAGCCAUAAGUGCUGUUGCUUUAACAAAGCAUACAGUGGACAGCGUUUUUUCGUGGAAUACUGACAUAUUGGAUGAUGUAGUUGUUUUGGGUGAUGAGCUAUAUACAUUUUUGCGUGAUAACAAUUUAAUCAGUGGUGGAAGUGAGCUUCUCUCUGUUCCAGACUUGCCUAAAAAGAUAUAUGUUGAUGGGCAAAGUUUUGAGUAUGAUUAUGGGGACUAUGUUGCUGGAGAUGUGGAUAUACUACAAGGACAGUUUAUUGAUGCAGGUGUACACACUAGUCUUUGGGAUGGACUCAGUAAGAUGUGUGCAAAAUAUGAAACCAGCUUUAUUACAAUAAGUGGCAGUACUUGUGCCCUUAUUAGUUAUAAUGGACGUUAUGCUGUUGUAGACUCUCAUGCACGUAACACCGACGGUAUGGUACAUGAAAAUGGAAAAAGUGUUGUUCUUUACUUCAAUACUCUUGAUCAAGUCUUUGUGCACAUUAAAAGAUUUUCCGGUGAACUGAAUGACACUCCCAAAUUAUUUGAGAUCAGUGGAGUUCAUAUUGUUCAGAUUGACACAAGUAAAAUUCCAUCUGAACAUGGAGCUGCUGUUCCAGAAAGCAGUGGUGUUUUUGAUCAGACCUUUACAAGUGUUGAUAUGCAGGAUGAUUAUUGUGUAGGACAUUCAUCCCAACUUGACAUGUCAGACAUGGAUGAUGAUGAUGUAGUUGUUACUGGUGCCCAAAGUAAGGUGUUAUAUUUUAAACCUGUUUCUGAAGACAUUGCACGGUCACUGUGUGGAAAGUUGAAUGUGGAGUAUCAACAGUCAAAUUCUGUAUCUUGUGUGGUUGGAGAACUGGGUGUUCCAUGUAUGAUAGAAAACAUUGUAGGAGAUGGAAACUGCUUUUUUAGAGCACUUAGUCAAGCUAUCAGUGGCACUCAGAAAAAUCAUCGCAAAAUUAGGCUUGCUGUUGUAAACUGGUUACAAAGGAAUUCUCACAUGUAUGAUAGUAUUUUAAGAAGUGAGUAUUCCUCCAUGUCACAAUACAUUGCCGUUUCAAGGAUGCAAUAUGUUGGCAGUUGGGCAACUGAAGUAGAGAUUCAAGCUGCAGCUGAUUAUUUUGGUGUUAAUAUUUUCACAUUUUGCGAUGAUAAAUGGCUUGAAUACAGUUCUUUGAGUAGUUUGUCUAAUCAUAGUCUCUAUUUACAAAAUAUUAGCGGUAAUCAUUAUGAGACGGUUACUUGUGUGAAGCAGCCUCAGUCACAAACAUGUUAUGGUCAUUGCAUGAAUAGAGAUGUUUCUGGUGAAUAUAAAACUCGGCAAGCUAAAACAGGACAGAAAAUUGCCCAUAUGAAGACAGUAAAAACUGAGAAUUCCAUUGAAGACGAUUGCAUGGGUAAUUUACAAGAUUUCCAAUAUAUUUCACUAUUUAAUCCCAUCUCUGAAUUUACUGCUAAAACGCUGUGUAAGAAUUUAAAAAUAGACUUUGAAGAACAUAAUUUUCACAACGUAACAUUGCGUGGGCCUUUGGGAAAUGUGUGCAAGACUAAAAAUAUCAUAAAUGACGGGAACAGUUUUUUCAGAGCUGUAGCCUAUGCACUUAGUGGUUCUGAAAGAAAUCACCGUAAAAUUAGACUUGCUGUUAUUUCACACAUGUCCAAUAAUAAAGAAGUAUGUAAAAAAUAUUUGGAAAAAGGUUUUGCUUCUGUGACAGAAUAUGUUAACCAGUCACAGAUGAAGUACGUGGGUCACUGUGCUACGGAAAUUGAGUUUAAUUCUGCCGCCGAUAUGUUAGGAGUGGAUAUAUAUGUAUUUAAUGGCAUGCAGUGGACCAAAUAUAAUUCUAAUAGUAGUCAUUUGAUCAAUGAAGCUAUAUAUUUGCAAAACUGUGAUGACCAUUUCGACGCCGUUAUUUGUGCAAAGCAACGUGAUAAAGACUCUUGCUUUGAACUUUGCGAAGAAAAUGUUUCAAUAAAGACACAACACAUUCAUACAAGAUCGACACAAGUCCAGCAAAAUGCAAAGCAAACUGUUUUAUGCGGUAAAGCAAAAUACAGUUUUUCUAUGUAUUUAAGACAGAAAAAGGAUCAGAGAAAAACCAUUAAAUAUAGAUCUGAAAUGGUAUAUAGAGACAAAUUUAAAUCCAAUAAAAGAAAUGCGUAUAUGAGAAAUUUACUAUACAGAGAACAAAAAAAGCUUUGGAUCAGAAAUAAAUAUUGGGAUGAUGAGACUUACCAAAGAAACCUUAAGAAAAUCGGCAUUACUAAAUAUAAUCAAGACAAAAUUCAUCGUGAAAAAGUUAAGGAUAUAAGCAUCAGGAAAUAUAAAACCGAUGAAAAUCAUCGUGAAAAAGUUAAAGAUAUGAGCAUUACAAAGUAUAAAACUGAUGAAAAUCAUCGUGAAAAAGUGAAAUACUUAAGUGGAAAGAAAUACCUUAAUCCACAACAUAAGAUCCACAAAAUAUCAAAUGUUCAGCUAAAAAGACAGGACAUUAGAAUAAAGUCAAAGGAGAUUGAUUUUGUUGUUGCAAAGUUUUUGGACAAAGUAAAAGAGGGGCCCAACUUUGUGUGUUGUGUGUGCUUUCGGUUGUUAUUCAAGCAUCAGGUAUUGAAUUGUCGCAAAGAUUCAUACAGGAAAACUAAACAAAUGUCUUUAAUCGCAGAUAGAUGUAUAAGUCAUGAUUAUAUACAUAUAUGCAAUGAUGCGUGCAUAUCACCAUGCAAUCUCAAAACCUGUCGAAAUAAGUUGUAUAUCUGUUAUUGUUGUCAUAACAAAAUUAGCAAAGGUCAAAUGCCCCCAGAAAGUUCAUGCAAUAAUUUGACUGUUGAUGACAUCCCUCCUCAGUUGGCAUGCUUGAAUAGCUUGGAACAACAUUUAAUAGCUUUACAUAUUCCGUUUAUGAAAAUGUUGGCUUUGCCCAAAGGUGGACAAAAUGGAGUGCAUGGUCCCGUUACUUGUGUCCCUGCAAAUGUUGUUGAAACCUGCAGUAUGCUACCACGUAGUAAUAUGGAAGGGUCUUUGUUACCUGUUAAGUUAAAGCGUAAAUUGACAUACAAAGGUCAUUAUGAUUAUCAGUAUGUUGACUCAAUGCAUGUCCAGGAAGCUCUUUGUUACUUGAAACAUUGUAACAUUCAUUAUAAAAAUGUAGAGUUCAAUGAAUCUUGGAUCAAUGAGUUUUCUCAGGAAAAUGAUAAUUCUGUUUUAAACAAUAAUAAUGUUAAAGAACAAGAUGAGGACAUGUCCAUAGAUGAAAAUGAUGAUGACCUUUUACAUGACAGACAGCAACACUGCAUGUUCCAGGACACUUGUCUUAUGCCCGUAGAUAUAGGACAAGAAGCAUUGGAUCUGUAUGUUGAUAAUGUGUUGAAUGUCGCACCAAGUGAAAAUAAUAACCCUAUAAAACUGCUUUCUGAUUGUACUAACGAAGCAAAAUGUUUCCCUGUAUUGUUCCCAUCGGGUUGUAACACAUACCAUGAAAAGCGGCAGUAUCAUUUGACUUUGAGUCGUUAUUUUAAUAACAGACUUCUUCAUGCUGAUGGUAGGUUUGCGCGUAAUGUGGAAUAUAUAUUCUUUGCACAAUACAUAUCAGAACUUGAGCAGGUUGUGUCUAAAGUGUCAGUAGCUUUACGUAAAGGUACAAGUUGUACAUCUCAAAAUAUGAGUGAGGUUUUGAGGGAUGAAAACUCUAUAAAUAAGUUAUUACAGUUUGAUGAUGGUUAUCGUUUCUUGAAACCUAUUCGAGGCACACCAGCUUUCUGGCAGACUGCUCAACGCGACUUGCUAGCUUGUGUUAGAAUGUUGGGGAAACCCACAUGGUUUGCCUCGUUUUCGUCUGCAGAUAUGAGAUGGACUAAUCUGCUUUAUAGCAUCUUAAAGCAGGAAGGGCGAACACAGACUUUGGAACAGUUGCAAUGGGCAGAGAAGUGUGAAUUGUUGCGUCGAAACCCUGUUACUGCUGCUAGAAUGUUUGAUUUUAGAUGGCAUGUUUUUCUAAGAGAAGUCCUCAUGUCUCCUGCUAAUCCGAUCGGAAAAAUCGAAGACUACUAUUAUCGUGUAGAAUUCCAGCAGCGUGGUUCUCCUCAUUGCCAUUGUCUAUUUUGGAUUUCCGGUGCUCCAAUUUUGGACAAGAACACGGAUGAAGAGGUUAUUGCGUUUAUUGAUGAGUAUGUGACAUGUGAAAUUCCAUCUGAAGAAGACACAUUGUCUGGAGUAGUUACAUCUGUACAACAGCAUUCAAAACGACAUUCAAAAACUUGUAAAAAGAAAAAAACUGUUUGUCGUUUUAAUUUCCCUCGGCCUGCAUCUUGCUGCACUUUUAUUUGUCGUGGUGAAAAAUAUCAAGAUCCGGUCAAGACUUGUAAAUGCAAUUUGGAUAACACUGAUGGUAGUGCAGAUUGUCAAUGUGUUGAUGAGAAUAAGGCACUUUUGGAACAAAUGGACAGAGAUGUAGCAAGCGAUAUUUUAACAAAGAUAAAGAAUGCCAUUUCAGUUGACAACUGUCCAUACAAUACUGUGGAAGAAAUGUUUGAAGGCUUGUGCAUUAGUCAAGGCUUAUUUGAAACGGCAUAUAAACGACUUAGUAGGAAUACACAUGUGGUGUUGAAAAGGCAAAUUAAUGAAAUCUGGAUCAAUCAAUAUAGUAGACCACUGUUAAAAGCUUGGAAUGCAAAUAUUGAUAUCCAGUAUUGCGUCGAUGCAUAUGCAUGCUGUGUUUAUAUAGUAUCUUAUAUGUCAAAAAGUGAACGUGAAAUUGGUCUUCUUCUAGGAAAUGCACAAAGAGAAGCAGCCAAAGAAGGCAAUGUUAGUGCUAAAGAAGCUUUAAAGAGACUUGGUAGUGUCUAUUUGCAUAAUCGCGAUGUUUGUGCUCAGGAAGCAGUAUAUAGACUCACCAACAUGCAUUUAAAGGAGUGUUCUCGGAAAGUUGUUUUUGUUCCAACAGGUGAUAAUAUUGUGAAAAUGAGUUUACCCAUUUCUGUUUUGAAACAAAAGGCUACAUUACAGGAUCUUACCCCAGAAGACAUGUGGAUGACUGGUAUAGUUGACCGUUAUAAGAAUAGGCCAAAUGAUGAUGUGUUUCCCGAUAUGUGCCUGGCCAAGUUUGUUUCAGAGUAUCGUGUUUUGUCCAAAAAUGAGAAGAGUAGAAAUUCAGUUAAAUUGAAUAAGGAUUUUGGGUUUGUUGCGAAAAGAACUCGGUCAAAACCAGCAGUUGUUCGUUAUGCGCGUUUCUCUGAAACAAAAGAGCCAGAAAAGUUUUAUCAAAGCAUAAUGCAGCUAUUUCUGCCUUAUCGCUCUGAUACUGAACUGAAACCUGUACAUUGUGAAACCUUUGGUGACUUUUAUCGAACUGGUGUCAUUAGUUUUGUUGAUGGAACAAAGCAUUCAGUAAAGUCUGUUGUAGAUUUAAAUAGGAGUGAAUUUGAGGUGGUAUCUGAUCAUUUUGAGGCUGUUGACAAUGUUACUGGUGAUGUGAUGCUGGAAGAUGCAUGGGCUGAAUUGUGUCCCGAAGUUGAACUCGAACGAUUGGAGUGCGUGGAAUUACAAAAAGAAAGAGAAAUAGAAAACAGUGACCAGGAACAAAUCCCUGAUUUAAGUUUUCAGUGUAAAGAAUUGUCCGUAUUUGAGAAAGGAAAAAUGACUAGAAGUGAAGGCCUUGCAUUAAUUAGAUCUUUAAAUGAAAAACAGUUCUCUGUUUUUUAUCAAAUCAGGCAAUGGUGUCUAGCCAAAGUGAAUGGAAAAAAUCCUGAACCACUGCAUAUUUUUAUCACAGGUGGUGCUGGGACAGGAAAAAGUCAUUUAAUCAGGGCAAUUGAAUAUGAAUCAAAACGAUUAUUGUCCACUGUGUGUCAGUCUCCUGACAACACAUGCGUACUACUGACAGCUCCCACCGGCAUUGCUGCAUAUAAUUUAGAAGCAACAACAAUCCACACCACAUUUUCUAUUGGAAAGGAUGUACGCUUACCAUAUACUCCUUUGAGUGAAGAAAAGCUAAAUACCUUGCGUGUCAAAUAUUGUGAUCUCCAGCUUCUUAUUAUAGAUGAAAUAUCAAUGGUUGAUCACAAUCUCUUAUCAUAUGUUAAUGGUCGACUGCGUCAGAUUAAACAAAACGUAAAAUCAUAUGGUAAUAUUAGUGUAAUUGUGGUCGGUGAUUUCUAUCAGCUCCCUCCCGUGAAAGGUAAACCACUGUAUUCAGAUGGUGUUGCCACAAAUAUAUGGUCAGAUUUAUUUAAAAUUGUAGACUUAACUGAAAUAGUUAGACAAAAAGAUUCUGUGUUUUCUCAACUGCUAAACAGGAUGAGAACUCGUUCCAAAGGCACACCAUUAUUGGCUGAUGAUUUGCAGAUUUUAAAACGUUGUGAAACAGGUGAGGUUAGCUCAGCCUUGCACAUAUAUGCAACCAAUAAACAAGUAAAUGAGCACAAUAUUCAUCGAUUAUAUGAGACUUGUCCUGAAUUUGUAACUAUUGGGGCACAGGACUAUGUCAAUGAUAAAAAAACAGGAAAAUUGAGGUUGUUGGAAGGAAAUCAUGCAAAAGCGUCAAAUACUUGCUUGUCAGAAGUGUUGUUAUUGGGUAAAGGAGCGCGUGUUAUGUUGUGUAAAAAUGUGGAUGUUAGCGAUGGUUUGGUUAAUGGCGUUUGUGGUACUGUUAUGGAAAUAUCAAUACCAGAAAAGGACAAGUUUCCUAAAGUGGUCUAUGUUAAAUUUGAUGAUGAUCGUGUAGGCAUGCAGAAAAGGAAGAGCUGCCACUAUGCAUCAUCAGAUUUGGCUGGAUCCACACCCAUUGCACCUGAGGAGGAUCGAGCUACCGUUAAAGGUGGAUUGCGGCGACAAUUUCCACUCAGAUUGGCAUGGGCUUGUACAGUACACAAAGUUCAAGGACUAACUGUUGAUGAAGCUGUUGUUUGUUUUAGUAAAAUAUUUGCACCGGGACAAGCUUAUGUGGCUAUAAGUCGUGUAAGAAGUGUUUUAGGAUUGACAAUUCAAAAUUUUGAUGAAAAGAGGAUUUAUUGUAAGGACGACAUUUUGGGUGCACUUCAGAGUAUGACACCUCUUUUAAGUGAAUCAAUUCAAUUGGAUCGAUUUAACACAUCUGUUUUUACUGUAUUCCUAAUGAAUGUGCAAAGUUUAAAUCGGCAUGUAAAAGAUUUAGCCUGUUAUACAGAACAUUGGAAACCUAAAUGCAUUGCUCUUACAGAAACAUGGGUGUCUUCAACCCAAACGGAUACAGUAAAAAUAGAUGGUUACAGUUUCACUAACCGUCCACGAUGUUUGUCGUAUACUAGCAGGCAUCCGGAAUUGAUUCCAUUGCAAGACCAACAACACGGUGGUGUUGGCAUCUAUUGUGCAGAUGAUGUACAAUUUCAAGUACUCCAGCAACCAGAGCUGAAUUUGGAGUGUUUAGUGUAUCGGUUUUGUAGUUUUAACAUGGUUCUUGGGGUAAUUUACCGACCGCCACUAUACCCUCUUUCACUAUUUAAAAAGAAUUUAGGAAAACUACUCGAUUGGCUUGAGAAACAAAGUGACACAAUAGCAGUGAUUGGAGAUUUUAAUGAUGAUAUUUUGAAGUCAUCAACUAUCACAAAGUUUGUUUGUGAUAAAGGAUAUUUUCAAAUGGUUAGAGAAGCAACCACUGAAAAAGAUACUUUGAUAGAUCAUGUUUAUGUUAAAUCAAGGACAUAUAAAGUGGAGGCAGUAGUUGUGCCUACAUAUUUUAGUGAUCAUGAGGGUGUAAUGUGUGGUUUUACCUUGUAAUCAUUUUAGUAAUCUGUUGUAAGAAAUAUUCGGAAUUCACUUUGGCCUCACGACACUUGGUUGUGGGAGGCCUGCAAGACAUGAUGGCUGUGUCUAAGAGCCACUGUCCGCUGAUUGCGAGGCCAAAUGCUGCGUAGACUGAUUAUUGUCUAUGGGUUAUGAUCAUUGAAUUCAGUCUGAUCCAGUUUUGAGUUUUAUUUUGACAGAGAAAAGACAAAGAAAAGCAUUAUUAUUAUUUCUUUUAGUUUUACUUAUUUUUUCUCUUUUCUUUUUUCUAUGUUUGUCGUUUUGAAGAAAGCGCUGUAGUUAAAAUGUUGUUUGUUUCAACCUAUGUAGCGUUUCUUUGGCAAAAAAUGCUGGCAGAAUUCAUUCUGUUUUCAGGCACAGGAACUGGAGGAUGGGCUCUUGAAGGGGAGGAGAAUGUUGUCCUGCUGAACUCAGACAUUGGACUGAAAAUG